GUCUUCACCUGCACACAUCCAGGUGAAGACAGUCAUCGCUCUAUAGAUGAGCAAAGACACUGAGGGGUGACCAACCUCCCCCUGUUACCCCCUGGAACAGGAAGAACUAUUCUCAGCAUGGAUGCUGAUCAGGCUCAGACAAGUGCUCACAGCCCUUACCUCAACUCAUCUAGGGCACCUUUCCCAAAUCCACAUGCAGUCCCUGCUCCCCACCACCAGCUCUUCAGCCACAAUCUCCAAGGAUGGGGCCAGGGGACAAGGUUUGGGGAAUGUGCUUCAGGUAUGUUUCAUGCAUUGCCCUUCUUGAGCUCCAAGUGGUCCCACCAAGAUGGGGGCCUGAUCUUGGUGCCUGAUACCACUCUGAGAAGAGAAAGCCCUGGGGUAGACGACUGUGCCUAGCUGUAGCCUCUGGGAAAUAAAGGUCAAUGUCCGUUGCCAGGGAGUCCCCGACACCAGGUGUACUUUAUGACAGAGUCACCAAAAUAGCCAGUAGCAUUGUCAGGGGGAGAAACGGGGUUGGCCCUUUGCUGGAUUAUCCAGGGACCAGCUCUUCAUUGAGGCUUUCCCUCACUUCCUAGCCUCCUCGCUCUGGGCAGUAGUAUGUGAGUCUCCGAGCUCCUAGGACUGUUACCUUGUGUCAACCACAAAGCACCCAAAAACCCAGGUGUAGGGAGAGAGGCCUGAGCUAUGCCCCCACCUUCAUGCCCUGGCUGAAGGCAGCAGUCACGUGUGGGGCCUUCAUUAGACCCUGACAUAUAAGCUGUGGGCUCAGGGUGGCCAGAAACUCUGCAGGCAAGGAUCCAGCAAGCAGAGGUCAUGCUGACUGCAGUGCUGCUGAGCUGGGCCCUGCUGCUGACACUACCCCCUAUGCAGGAAGCUCAGAGGGGCUGGGCCCCUCUGGAAGGCAUCAGAAGGCCUGACCAGGCCCUGUUCCCAGAGCUGCCAGGCCUGGGCCAGCAGCCUCCACUGAAACGGACAAGCGCAGAACAGUCCAUAGAAGCUCUGCUACAGGAGGCUGAGGCCUUGACAGAGGUACUAGAUCCGGAGGGCCGCGAGCCACGCUCCCCGCGACGCUGUGUAAGGCUGCAGGAGUCCUGUCUGGGACACCAGGUAUCGUGUUGCGACCCAUGUGCCACAUGCUACUGCCGUUUCUUCAACGCCUUCUGCUAUUGCCGCAAGCUGGGUACUGCCACGAUCCCCUGCAGCCGUACCUAGUGGGCCGACGCGGGGUCGAGGCUGGACAGGGGUAGCGAAUAAAGGUUGGGACCAACCCCAA